AUGAUGGCAAGUGAUAUCAAAAAAACAUUGACUGAUACAUUAACUAGUUUUCAAGCUUUUUCGAUUGCUUUGGAUGAGAGUACAGAUUUAUCUGACACUGCCCAGUUAGCUAUUUUUAUACGAGGUGUUGAUGAAGAAGUUGCAGUGACAGAGGAAUUACUGGCUUUGCGGCCGCUACAAGGGACCACUACUGGAAAAGAUAUUUUUGCCGAGUGGUAUAAAUUAGUUGGAGUGUGCACGGAUGGUGCGCCUUCAAUGGUCGGUUCACGAAAAGGUUUUAUCGGAAUUCUGAAGGAAAGAGCAACAGCUAUGAAUGUGCAAGAAUGUGAUUUAAUAAUUCUGCAUUGCAUUAUUCAUCAACAAAAUUUGUGCUCCAAGUCCAUUCGAUUGAAGAAUGUUAUGGACGUGGUAGUAAAUACCAUUAAUUUUAUUAGAUCCCGCGGUCUUAACCAUCGCCAGUUUAAAGCAUUUUUGGAUGAACUUUCUUCAGAACACGAUGAUGUGACAUAUUAUUGCGAAGUAAGGUGGCUAAGCAAAGGUAAAAUGCUAAAAAGAUUUUAUGACCUUAGAAAAGAAAUAGCUGAUUUUAUGGAAAUGAAAGAGAAAACAUUACCGCAAAUUUGUGAUCCAACUUGGCUUUGUGACUUGGCAUUCCUGGUAGACAUCACAGGACACUUAAACGAUCUGAACUUGAAGCUCCAAAAACAAGGGCAAUUGGUAAAUCAGUUGUACAGUCAUCUUAUAGCUUUUCAAAACAAAAUUCGCUUAUGGGAAACACAAAUGAGAAGUUCAAACUGUUUUCAUUUUUCAACAUUAUCCAGUCACGAAAAUAUUGAAUACGGUCGUUAUACUGAAGAAUUGAAACUACUGUCCGAGCAAUUUACCGAUCGAUUUUCCGAUUUUAAGAAUAUGGAUAGCACUUUCAAUAUUUUUGCAAAUCCUUGUAAGUGUAGUGUGGAAGAUGCUUCGCUUCACCUACAAAUGGAGUUGAUCGAGCUUCAAGAAGACUCAUAUUUGAAAUCUAAAUUUGAUGAUGUGGAACUAAGCGAAUUUUACAGAACAUACCUUUCCAAAGAAAAAUUAUUCUCUUCAAAAAAGAGCCAACUUGUGAUAGUCCUUCUUAGCUCUGAAAUUUUCUGUAAUUAUUGGUGUCAACCUAAAAUAGCCCUCUUUUACACUGAAAUUUCUAGUGAUAUUGUUCUUGACACCAAACAACUGAUUACGAUAAAAACGACGAUUUUCAAUGUCCAUGACUGCAAUCAAUCUUCUAUUGAGACUGAAACCUCCCCAGUAAUCAACCAAGAUGCUGCUCCUUCUCAAGGUAGUGCUUCAAAAUUUCAAUUCCAGUAUUUUAAUCGACUGGGGAAAAUAUUUCAUAGUGCAUAUUUUCUCGUUUCAGAUGCCAAUCACGUCCAUGAGGACAAUCAACCUCCGAUUGAAACCUCCCCAAUAAACAAUCAAGACGUUGCUCUCAAGGUAUUACUGAAAAAUUUCAAUUCUAAUGCUAAUCACGUCUAUGAGGGCAAUAAACUUCCGAUUGAUACUGAAACAUUCCCAUUAAACGAUCAAAACGCUGCUCCUUCCAAAGAUGUAACUGUCCAUGAGAGAGGUCCCCAGGUAACUGCUAGGCGUCUAUACAGGUCAUCGUCAUCAUCAAACUCGUCUUCCUCUUCCUCGUCAAGCAGUUGUUCUUCGUCCUCCAGUUCGUCAUCGUCCUCCUCAAGCGAGGAUUGUGAUGAUUAUUUGAGCAAUCCUAAUUAUGACGUAUCUUUUUCCGAUCAUUCUGAAGAACAUGACUCACCACCAUCGACAAAAAAAGUACGAACCAGUCCUGUCCAUUCUGAAGAAACUGUAAAGAAACCUGUUCGCAAAAGGAAAAGGAAUACUUCAGAAUGGAAGAGAAACAUUGCAAAGACUAUGAGGAACACUGGAAGAAGUUACGCAUCAUUGGGAGUGCGAAAGAAUCCUGAUGGCACCAAAGAAAAAUACGUCAAGUUGAGGGAAGCCAGAAAGAAAUAUAGAAAAGCCUCACCCAUCUACGUCCCAGAAAAUUAUGUCUCCAUAAUUUCACAAGCAAAGAAGACACCUCCAAUCUACGUUGUCAAGCAAAUAGAUUUCUCCGAAAUCAUCGAUUUGAAAAAGCUGACAGCUGACUUAAAAAUAAAGGAUGCUUUAUUUAAUGAAGAGGGCGAGAAGGUACCAAUCGCUGAUAUCUGUGUGAUCGAGACCCACAAAGAUGAGCCCGGAUUGUUUCGAUAUAAAACAUCAUUCUCUCAGCAAGAUUUCAAGUCUAUCAACAUAGCGAGCCAGAACAAGAAACGUCGAAGCAGUUCAUCUGUAUCUUGCAGUUUAAGUUUUUCAAUGGUUGCACUUUCCAAGGCCUAUACAAGAAAGUCGAGCAUUACUAACAAUAAAAAAGAUGCACUUCUUUCUCUUUUCCAGAAAAAGGGCAAUGGUGUAGCUGUCAUGCCCCAGUGUUACAAAGAGUUUUAUGAAAAUUUGUAG